AUGGGCCAAAUUCGGAAAGAAGAGCAGGCGCAGAGAGAGCGAGACCGAGAGAAGAUAUUCGAAAUUCUUCCGAGUAAAAAUAAGUCAGGCCUUGCGCGCUGCCGCGGCUGUCAACGCACCUGGGCUAAGAAUCACACCCGCUUCCACCAGCACAUUGAAAGUUGUCCUGCAGCGCUACAAUUGCUUCAAAGAACAAGGCAAAAGACCCUAAUGGAGCUACCAAAUGGGAUAAAAGUUGAUACAUUAGAAACGCGGAUUGACUGCGCUCUUGCUCGUGCAACUUUUACUGGAAACCGACCAUUUUCCAUGUGGUCGCAGCCUUUUAUGCGUGAAGCCUUACAACUCUUGAGAAAAGGCUAUAUCCCACCAGAUCGGCACCGAAUUGGAGGCAGUCUUUUGACUGAGCUUUAUACCGAAUCUUAUACAAAAACGAUAGGCAUUUGGCGCCAGAUUCAGCAUCUCAAUAUCACGGUUGAUGAGACCUCAAAUAUCAAUCAUCAACGUGUUAUGGUGAUUACAAUUACUACACCGCAAAGAUCCUGGCUCUAUUGCCUCAAAGAUAUGGAAAAUGAACGUCUGAAUGCGAAGAAUAUUACUGAGUGGCUUUUACACCAACUUGAAGCACUUUUAGCGACACUUUUUGAUGGAGAUAUUGAUUGGAAAUGUAUCAAUUCUUUAUCGACAGAUACGUGCUCUACAAUGAGGCUUGUUUGGGAAAUUUUACAGCGCAAAUCACCACUUCAACAUGCUUUUAUGAUUCCUUGUGAUUCUCAUGGCCUACAGCUAAUUUUUAAGGAUCUUUUAGAUAUGAAAGUCUCGCAAGCGAUGACCGUGAAGCAUAUCUUCAAAGAAGCCAACGAUAUCGUGACGUUUUUCCACCGAAGCCCAUUAAGAUACGCCGAUUUACAAGCGAUUGAGAAAGCUAGGAAUGGCAGAAAGAAGGCGCUUAUUGCCUCUGUUAUAACACGUUGGGGAUCUCAAUAUAACCUCAUUAACUCGGUUAAUGAGCUAAAGGAAUCGCUUAUUCAGUGGGCUCAAAGCGUUAGUGAGGAUAGCGAUAAAAGCAAGCUUGUUGAGAUUAUUGGAAUCAUUCAAGAUAUCACUUUUUGGAAUAUCCUCAAUGAUUUGUGUAGGGUUUUUAAACCUUUACAUAUCGCUCAAAAAGACUCCGAGGCUUUGAAUGCGACUAUCUUCAACGUCAUACCACGCUGGUUGAAGCUUGAGAAUGAGAUGAGGACUGCAGCUUUAUAUACACAACUUCAUGAGGAUAUAAAGGCAUAUUUUAACGAAGGAGGCUUUACAGCGCGUGCAAAUCUACAAAUAUUAUCUAUCCACUGGGUCGCAUAUUGGCUCGAUCCGAAGAGAAUUCGUCAACCGCUUGAGAGCUCGACAAAAGAGAAAAUUCGUGCAAUUUUAGAGCCUCAAGAAGUAUGGCAUGAUUUCUUACAUUUCCGGCAACAAGAUGGCGCCUUUUAUAAGGCACGGUGCUGGGAAGAAAGCGAGAUUACAAUAUUCUGGCUUGAAGCAGCUGAUAUCGCUCCAAAGCUCGCUUCCUUCGCAAAUCGUCUUAUUCAUACAGUUGCUAACUCAGUAACUGCCGAACGUGCCUUUUCCUUGAUGAAUUUACAGCACACCAAGAUACGGAAUCGACUCAGCGUUGAGCAGGUUGAAAAGCUUCUUUUUUUUACAAAUCAAUGA